CGUCACGCGGGGCAGAUGGCAGCACCUGCUUCCUGCGCCCCGCCCCCUUCCCUGCAGAUCGCCAAAUCGAAAAUGGUGGCCGGUACGUUGGUGAGGAAUAUCGCGACCAAUUCGGUCCUCAGGUCGGGCGUGCAGAGCCAUGCCGCCACCGCCGGAGGCCAUCAAGGCGGCUACAAGCUGUGGAGGAACCUGUCCUUCCUGGUUGCCAUUCCCGGAGUAGGCCUGUGCAUGGCCAACGCAAUCCUGCGCAUCAGGGAGCACCCCCACGACCCUCCCGAGUUCAAACCCUACGACCAUCUGAGGAAGAGAGACAAGCGUUUCCCCUGGGGCGAGGGCCAGAAGAGUCUGUUCCACAACCCCCACAUGAAUGCCCUUCCUGGAGGUUAUGAGCACGACAGCCAUUAGCUUUCAACAUGUUUUCAGUGAAACCCAUAGUUGUAAAUAUAUUUGAACCAGCUGCUUGAACGUCAAGGAGCGAAUUGAAUUAAUUAAAAACAUAAAUAUUA